AUGGCUAAUAAAUUACAAAAUGCUGAAGAUUAUGAAAAAUCUUUAUUUGAAUUGGAUGCGGAAUUGGAUAAUAUACAGAAGUGUGCAGAAGAAAUUUUUCACAAAAUAGAUAGCUCAUUUUCUUAUCCAUAUCCUAUUGCCGAAUUAAAUGUUCUUCUAUCAGCAAUUCAACAUUUCGAGAAAAAAUCUAAAAACUUGGGUAUAUCAAGUUUAACAACUACUGAUAUAAAGGUUCCAUUUAAUGAACCUGGUAGAUCAACUGCUGAAUUAUAUCAAGAAUCAAAACGUAUUACUGAUAAUGCUAAAGCCGCUUUAUCCGGAUAA